UUGACAUAACCCUAACGUAAAACUUCUCAAGCAGUAAAAUUUCUGAAAAUGUUAUUAAGAUACGUGAGCCCCGUGUUUAUUUACAGAACAUUUUUACAGAACAAUCUACCAAUAUUAGUUGCUGCUAUUAAUUAUCCUAAUAAUUCUAUACAAGUAGCACAUAUAGCUAAGCACUGGAAUCCAAAAUGGAAGAAGGAAAGGAGACAAAAAGUCAUUAAAAUAAAACUUCCUACGUUUGAAGACGAUGACGAUGAUAUUACUAAAAUGGAUAAGGAGCAAAUACGAUCACGUAUGAAAGAGCAUGGUUUUCUACCGCAGAAACCGUGGAAAGAAAGACCAGCGUAUAUCAGCAGUACUUCAUCAAUUUUUGAAUCUUAUGUUGCUCCAGAAGGAGAUGGAAAAUACUCUGCCAUUACCAAAGAAGGAGCAAAGCAAAAAUUCACAUUUUUGGAAAAAAAGAGCAAAUCUUUUAUGGCCAUCAGAAAAAUUAAGUCAUUUGAUGAUUCCUUCAAGACAUCAUUUUUUUUAGAAGAAGCCUUAGAUAUAUAUCAAAAGGCACAUAAAGCUUUAGCUAGCAAAAAUGAAGAGGAAAUAAUAAAAUAUGUUACAGAAAUGGCAUAUCCUAAAAUAACACACAACAUAAUGAACAAAACCAUACAUUGGAACUUUUUAGAGUCUUUGGAACCAGCUCGCCUCGUGCACGCAAGGACUACAGAUAUAAUAACAAAAGAAAACGUAUUUGCACAACUUACUGUUCGAUUUCACACGCAACAGGUUUUAGCAAUUUACGAUAGAUUUGGUCGUCUUAUACAAGGAAGCGAAAUUCUGAGAAAAGAUGUAUUAGAAUACAUAGUAUUCGAAAAGCAUUUAGCUAAUGAGUAUGGUGUAUGGCGAAUUCACGGUAAGAUUAUACCAUCUUGGAUUCCGACAGAUAUAGUAGAAGGCACAUAUGUUUUACCAAAAGAGGAACAUGAUAUCGUUCCAACCGAACCGCAUCCUGUAGAAGCUACAUUAACAGAAGAUACACCAAAGGAAGCGACAAGUGCACAACCUUCAUGA